CAAGAACAUUUGAGCCAGACCAUUUGGAUGUAGCCUUGAAGCAAUGGACAGCUGCAAAGAAAAAUAUGAAACCGAUGCCUGUGAGCCCUUCAGCAUUGCUAUUGGUGUUGGGCUUAUCGCAGGAACGGUGCUGGCCAUCCUUCCUGCCCACGUGAAGAUGCUCUCCUUAAGGAGUGCCGACGGGGUAUCUCCUCACACUCUGCUCUUAACAAAUAUCCAGCAGAUGCUGGCAGCUUGGAAUAUGCUCGUGCUGAAGUACCCACAGCUGCAAAAGUGCCAUUUAGAGGAGCCUUUGUGCCAAUGCAACCUCUUGGCUUUGUACCAGACUCUUGCACAGUGGCUCUUGCAGGUUCCACUUUUCUACUGGUGCGUACAUUUUGCAGCCGACUCGAGCAAAGAGCACUUGCAGCGAACGUGGCAGAUGCAGCUGGGAGCUCUUUUGUUCGGGUCAGCGUUGCUGGUUUCAUGGUCGACGCUGUCUACCUGCACCUGGAGUCUCCGGUUGGUGGCCAGCAUACUGGGCUACAUCAGUGCAUUUUUAAAUAUAUUCAAGCUGCUGCCGCAGAUCCGAACUUCUCUUCAGCACCGUGGAUCUGGUAGCAUUAGCUAUCCCAUGUACUUUGCAAUGAGCCUGGGCGGCUUUCUCAACCUCUAUUUUCAGUUCUUUCAGUCGCACGAACGGCUAUCGACCGUGGUUUCAACAGCAGUUGGGAAUUUCAUGUACUGCAUUGUGCUUUGUGUAUGCGUGUACUUCGAUUGCUGUGCACGCCCUCGCUCUGACGAGUUGAUUGCCUGCGAUUCAUGAGUUUGCACCGCUUGGCUUGUCGAGCCGUUUGGGCUUAACUCCUAGCCGAAGCUGGUUUGGUAGGGUAGGCUUCACACUUCCAGUUUACGUUGAGUAGUGACAGGGUCAGCUGCAACCAGCUGCAUUGCCAAGAGCUGCUGGG